AUGGCAGAACUCAUCUUGACGAUGUUCUUUUUGAACGUCGUGAUCUAUCUCAUUAAUGAAAUUGGAGCCGAUACAAUCAAUGCCUUGUUAUGGCAUCUCUACUUGAAACUCCCCUCCGAAAACUCACGAAAUGUGCGCGAGCAGCUCCGACUCAAAAAGGAAUCCCUCGAACUGAAGCGUGAUAUGAAUAACACGAGUUCGCAAGACGAGUUCGCGAAAUGGGCAAAGCUACGGAGACGUCACGACAAAAGCUUGGAAGAAUACGAAGAGAUGAACCAGAAGACAUCCGCUGCAAAGGCUUCUUUUGAUUCGAAGGUUCGAGGCGUUCGCUGGGUCAGCACCAGCGGCCUGAAGAUCAUCCUGCAAUUCUACUACACGAAAACCCCCCAUGUUCUCUCUGCCCAGCGGCUGGCUUCCAUGUGGAAUAAUGUAUGUUCAGCAGUUAUCGCAGUCGUUGCGGACAUUGUGGGUGGGUUGGUGGUGCAAUUAGCCAGGAAACCUGCUGCCCCAUCAGCUGCCAAAGAGGCCAGCAAGGCACAGUAG